UGCUGCGGAGGUGGCUGAUGCAGGAGCAGCAACCUUGUGGUCUGAGGAGAUCCCACAGCCUGGAGACUGUGGCCUUAAUCCCCUGCCUGGCCCUGAGCCAUCUGUACCCCAGGAGGUGACCCUGGCUCCUGACUCAGCUGGGCCUGGAUCCUACAUGUAGGCGAGAACUGACUCUGAGCCCUGGCUGAGGCACGCUGAUCCAUAGCCUAGACACUGUGCACCAGGUGGGGCCGAUCCUGAGUACCAGCCCAGCCCAACUGACUCUGGAUCCUGCAUGCCAGCCAGAGGUGACCCUGAGAUCCAGCUGGCCAAGCCGACCCUGGAUCCUACACACCAGCCAGAGCUGACCCUGAGCCCCAGGCUAGCUGAGCUGACCCUGGUUUCCACAUGCCAUCCAGAGAUGACCCUCAGUUCUGGUUCAGCUCAGCUGACCCUGGAUCAUGCACGCCAGCCAGAGGAGACCCCAGUCCCCAACCUGGUUGAGCUGACCCUGGAGCCUGUGCACUGCCGACCCGAACUCCUGGAUGCCUGUGCCGACCUCAUCAACGAGCAGUGGCCCCGCAGCCGUGCCUCCCGCCUCCACUCCUUGGGCCAGUCCUCAGACGCCUUCCCUCUCUGCUUGAUGCUGCUAAGCCCCCGACCCACGCCAGAGGCAGCCCCCAUUGUGGUGGGCCAUGCCCGCCUGUCCCGGGUGCUGGACCGGCCCCAAAGCCUUCUAGUGGAGACCGUGGUGGUGGCCCGGGCACUGAGGGGCCGUGGUUUUGGCCGCCGUCUCAUGGAGGGCCUCGAAGCCUUUGCUCGGGCCCGGGGCUUCCGCCGGCUACACCUCACCACCCAUGACCAGCUGCACUUUUAUGCCCAUCUGGGCUACCAGCUGGCUGAGCCAGUGCAGGGCCUGGUCUUCACCAGCCGGCGACUGCCUGCCACCCUGCUCAAUGCCUUCCCCAGGGCCCCCUUUCCCCGGUCACCCUGCAAGGUCACCCCUAGCCUGACUGCCCAAGCUGCCCCAAGAGUCCCCAAGGGGUCAUCAUCACUGCCACCCCCUCCCCUGCCUGAACCCCUGACCAGCUUACCCCCACCUCCAGCAGGGCCCCCUCCACAAAGCCUCCUGGAGACACAAUACCAAGACCUGAGAGGACGCCCCAUAUUUUGGAUGGAGAAAGACAUCUGAGGCUAUUCCCAGGGCAAGAUGCUGUCUUUCUGGGUCAGUUGACUGCCCACAACAGUAGCAGCUUCAGCCCACUGGCCAUCGCUCAGCUUCUAGCCCCUGAGGGCAGCUUCCUGAGGCAUGUUUCCUGAGUGCCAGUGGAGAUGGCACCAUGGCUGUGGCUCAGAGCUCUGUGGCUGAAUAAAGGCUUGUUGGGUGUGUC